GUGCCAUGCCGCGGAAUGGCAACUUCCGCAAGACGUACUACAAGAGCUUGGGGGUGCCGGUGCUGCACUCGGCCGAAGUCGAAGCGUCCUUUGCCGCACUCCUGGGCCAAGACACACCCGCAUCAGCCCUGCUGAUCAACAUCACGCAACUCGUUCGACUCACCCUCGAGUUUGGGUUGCCGCCCAAGUACCGCCGUCAUGUGUGGUGGGUCGUCAGCUCCAUCGUUCCGUUGGUCCGAGACACCGAAACAGACACAUGGGAGCAUUCACGAAACGAGAAGCGUGCGAUAUACAACGACGUGUUGGCGGCCGCCGACGUCUGUCUCAUCGACGCCGACCUUGAACCAUCCACGCCCUCGAGUCACGUCCUUCGUGUCGUUCGAUUCUACGUCGACCACGUUCGCCCUCAUCUACGCCACCCUUCGCCGAACGACGACACAAACCAAGCAUUUGACUGGGUCUUGGACGAAGCAUGGGUGGCCGACAGCGUAGCAAGGGCUGUCGUACUGGUCAUGGACGACCCAUCGGAUCAAUUCUGGUGUACUUUGGCCUUCCUAAGCAUCCUCGAUCGAGGGUUUCACACGCUGCAGCAACCCACCAGUGUAUCCCUGCAAGACUUGCAUCAAGCGUCGCCAGAGACGCUCGAGCUGGUCAUUUGUCGCAUCGUCGCCACCAUUGUCCAUUAAGUUAUACUCCAUCUCGUCGCUAAAACAGGUCGUUAUCGUCCUCAUCAUUCGCUUGCUUUCGCUUGCGCUGGCCUCCGCGCUUGGGUAGUUUGGCUUUCUUCUUGGUCAGCUGUGGGUGUUCCCAAUCGAAAUCCAAUUGCGCCUGGUCCUGGGCCGCGGCCUCGCCGAGGAGCUUGAGUUGUGUCCAUCCAUUCGACAUGCCGGUCCCACCCACCACCGCCAUCGUCAUGUCGUCCACGUUCAUGGGGAUCAAAGUCGACUCGUGCGCCGCGCGCGAUACGGGCGUUUCAUUGGCCUACGUCAACCACCACACAUUACGUUCAUAAACACGCGUUCGAAACGUUCGAUAUCGCAAAUUCGUGCCUUGGUCGUGUUGGACGUUUGAAACGUUUGGCAUGUUUCAUUGUCGAGGCCAUACGCUGCCUUGAGCGCCAUCUUGAGGCGCACGAGCAGUGUCAACGCGAACGCCGUGGGCCCCACGGCCGCCACUUCGGGCUUGAUGGGCGCGUCGGGGGGUUCUGGCAAAUUGUCCAACGUUGUGUCGUCGCCGAGGUAUUUUUUCACCUUGUCUUGCACCGCACUAAACACGAUAUCGAUUGGUUGUAAAGAUAUAUAUAUAUAUACAAACACACAUACGCACCCCAACCCGAGCGCCACGUCACGGUUGAUCGUGUACACCACGUACAACGGCUCGUCCUCGACGUCGUACGGCAUCGCAGACAGCACUUGCGCGACAUACGUCAAGUACCCCAACGCCACGGCGGGGGUCAGCCGGUUGGCUGCCAGCGCGGUAAACACGGGGCCCCGUUCUCGAAACGCGCCCAGCAAACCAUUGAAGAACGCAUGGCGCUGGGAUCGAUUGCCUUGGAUGCAUGCGCGGUACAUGCGGCCCAGAUAGCACUAUAGUAAUAUUAUAAUAAUACAAACCCGUGAAAGCAUGCGGGAAGGAACAACGACAA